AUGAGUCCUAGAUUCAAGGUAGAUAGCACGAGCAGUCAACAGACUGAAUCAGACUUGGAUAUUACACCUCCCAGAAAAAUCGCCAAAGUCAGCAACAAGCAUCGCCAACAAAAAUUCAGAGACGUCUGGCUUAAAAAUGUAGAUUACAAACAAUGGCUUAGCAAGGUGCCUGAAGAUCGGUACAAAGCUAAAUGUCGUACAUGCAAUGCAACAAUGAAUGCAGAGUUGACUGUGAUAAAAAACCACAUAACAUCAAAAACUCAUCUUCGUAAACCUCUAGCAGCCCAACAAUCUAUUACUACUUUUAUAAAAAAGACUGACGAAAUUAGCACGAAAGCCAAAGCAAUUCAAGCACUUGAAAUAAAGUUAUGUGGUUUUUUAGCCAAACAUAAUAUAUCCUUCACUACUUUAAAUCAUUUGACAACACUAUUGCAAAGUUCUGUACCUGACUCUGAAAUUAUUAAGAACAUGCAGAUGAAAUCAACGAAAAGAACUGCAAUAGUAAAAAAUGUCAUUGCUGCGGCAGAAAAAGAACAUCUACAACAAAAAUUGCAGACCAAUCGGUUCAGUGUUUUAAUUGACGAAUCGACCGAUAUUGGGGGCACACAAACGAUGUGCAUCAUUGGUCAAGUGGUCAGCAAGUUUAGGGAUCUCUGCCAAAUUUUUGAUCAAAAUUCGGAUGUGGAGGGUGCUACAGCAGAAUAUUUAUUUGGACUAGUGUUGGAGUCCUUGGAAGAUUAUGAGAUUCCAUUUGAGAAUAUCAUUGGAUUCGCGUCAGAUGAAGCCAGUAUAAUGAUGGGAAAAGAUAACUCUGUAGCUUCGAGAUUUCUUGAAAUAUGCCUUGGCAUCUAUAUUUUCAAAUGUAUAUGCCACUCAUUGCAUCUUUGUGCCAGCAAUGCAUGCAAAAAAUUACCAAAGAGUUGUAAAGAUCUGACUCGAAAUGUCUAUGGUGAAUUUAAAAACAGCGCGAAACAACAGCACUUGUUCAAAAAGUUUCAAAUAUUUUUAGACAUUGACAUUCAUAAAAUUCUCUGCCUAGCGCAAACACGUUGGUUAUCUUUAAAAACGGUUGUUUCAAGGAUAAUUGAACAGUGGCCUGCACUCGAAUUAUACUUUAGAGACCAAAUGCUGACUAUUCGAUUGAAAUCUGUUGAACAGAUUGUUCAAGCUCUCAACAAUCCGAUUAUCAAACUAUUUUAUCUUUUUCUGGACUAUAUACUACUUAAAUUUACCAAACUGAAUGAACUCUUCCAGUCAUCGUCGGUAGUCGUUACGAGCCUCCAUGAUAGAAUGUGUAAAAACUAUCAAGAGCUUUUGGAAGCAUACAUGUCCAGAGAUUAUAUUUAUCGGACUGAUUUAAGCGAACUAGAUCCAUGCAAUGAGUCGCAUCGUUUACGACCGGAAAAUAUGUACUUCGGCAUUGAAGUCAGAAAAAUGCUAGAUCAGGUGGAGAUUCGCAACAAUGAAAAAUUAAAAUAA